AAAAAAUGAUAAAACAAUAAAAAAAAUAGAUUAUUAGCUAAUUCCUCGUAAUAAUUUAUUUGAUAUAAGUGUUUUGUUAGGUUAUAUGAUUUACCAUGUCACUUUUGAUAGGUUAUAAAUAGGAUAGACAUUUUUGAAUAAUUUUAUUAUAUUUAACAUGGUAGUAUAUGGCAAAUGGCAUUUAAUAUUGAAAAUAGUAUUAACAAGUUUAAUAGGUAUAAGUUCGUUUUUGGGUGACAUGUGUUUGAAAUAUGUUGAAAAUGCAAUGGCACGUGCAAUAUUAGACAAUUUAACUCAUGCUAUUGUUGGUGGUUUAGUAUGGAUAUUAAUUUUAGUUUUAUCAAAGAAGUCACUUACACAAAAUUUCUAUAGUAUACAAUUCUCAUUCGCUUUAUCUUCUUUCAUUGAUGUUGAUCAUUUUAUAACUGCGCGCAGUUGGAAGUUGAGUGAUGUUAUAAGCUUAAAUAAAAGACCAUUCCUACAUUGUACUACCAUUCCUAUUUUAUUAUGGGUCAUUUUAAUUUUGAGUUCAAUCAUUUUAAACUCUCCGUCGUUGAAUGAGUCUGCAUGGAUUAUUUCUGCAAGUUUCUUAAGUCAUCAUAUUCGUGAUGGCACAAGAAGAGGUUUGUGGUUUUGUCCAUUUGGUUCUAUGCAGCCUAUACCGUAUUACAUAUACAUAAGUAUAACUAUGGCAUUACCUUAUAUCUUAUAUUGGCUUAUGCAGUUUUAUAUAUUAAUACCAAAUAUUAAGGAAAACAGAAUGACCAUUAAUAUUGUAUAAAAAUAGCAUAAUAAUAAUAAUAGAUAAUAAUAA